CUCCACUCAGACAUGGAUAAAGGCGAUGGAUCCAUUAAGUACAUUCUGACUGGCGAAGGUGCCGGCUCCACCUUCACCAUCGACGACAGCACCGGAGACAUCCACGCCCUCCAGAGGCUAGACCGGGAGGUGAAGUCCCAGUACAUCCUCCGAGCACAGGCCCGCAACCGCCUGACGGACAGGCCUCUGGAGCCGGAGUCCGAGUUUAUCGUGAAGAUCCAGGACAUCAACGACAACGAGCCGAGGUUUCUAGACGGACCCUACCAGGCGUCUGUGCCGGAAAUGUCCAAUAUAGGAACUUCUGUGAUCCAGCUGACGGCCACAGACGCAGACGACCCCACGUAUGGUAACAGCGCUCGCGUGGUCUACAGCAUCCUGGAGGGACAGCCUUACUUCUCAGUGGACGCCAAGACUGGCGUGGUCCGGGUGUCUCUGGCAGACAUGGACAGGGAGACAAGAGAGAACUACACGGUGGUCAUCCAAGCCAAAGACAUGGGGGGCCAGCUGGGGGGGCUCGCCGGCACCACCACUGUGAACAUCACGCUCGGCGACAUCAACGACAACCCGCCCAUGUUUGACCAGAGGUUGUAUCAGAUGAGCAUCCCCGAGUCGGCCCCCGUGGGGUCUGUGGUGGGGCGGAUCUGGGCGAAGGACCGGGACAUCGGGGUCAACGCAGAGAUGAGGUACAGCAUCAUCGACGGAGACGGGAGGGACACGUUUGAUAUCAGCACCGACCCCACCAACCUGUUUGGCAGCAUUACGGUGAAAAAGCCGCUGAACUUUGAGAGUAAGCCCAGUUACACUCUGAAGGUGGAGGGCGCCAACAUCAACCUGGACCCGACUUUGCGCCACCGCGGGCCUUUCAAGGACGUCACCAUUGUGCACGUGAGCGUGGAGGACGUGGACGAGCCCCCGCUGUUCGACUUGGAGGCGUACAUCAUCGAGCUGCCAGAGGAUGCAGAAAUAGGGACGGUGUUGAAGACGGUGUCAGCAAGGGAUCCCGACGCUGCCAACAACACUGUGAGGUAUUCCAUCGAGAGGUCCAGUGACCCCGACAAGUUCUUCUACAUCGAUAUCACUUCAGGGUCGCUGAUGACGGUGCGUUCACUGGACCGAGAGGAGCUCGGCUGGCACAACAUCACCGUCCUCGCCAUGGAGAUGAAUGACCGUACAAAGGUGUCGAGUGUGCCUGUGGCUGUGAGGGUCCUGGAUGUGAACGAUAAUCCCCCCUCGCUGAUGCACUACCUGGAGGCUUAUGUGUGUGAAAACGCCAAAGCAGGACAGCUGAUCCAGACAGUCACAGCCGUGGAUCCGGACGAGCCGCUGGGUGGACAACACUUCUACUACAGUCUGGCUCCAGAGGCUGCAAACAACCCAAACUUCACCCUGAGAGACAACCAAG